CGGCCAUGCCAUCCGCAGUUAGUCGUCCGUGAGCAGUCUCAAGUGUCAGGUCGAUCCUGCGAUCCGUCGUGUCGGUUGGCUUUCUGGGAUAUCUAACAUACUGAACUGUAUUUCCGAAGUUUCUCUCUUGUGGGUUUGAGAAAGCUAGAGGGAGGCUAGUGGGUGUUGAGCAAGUGUGCCAGGAAGAAUCCACAAAUAAUAUCCGCAUAUCAGUGAAAAUGUAGUUAAGGAGUUUCGUGGCUAAGCCAACUGUGAGCGCUCUUCUCUGCCAGUCCCUUCGAUAUAUCCUCGGAGCGAGAGGAAAUUCUAUAGCAGAUGUGAUAAGUGGGAAGCUGCGAAAAAAUAUGUGUUGGGAAAGCAGCUAGAGGGAAAUUGUGUGUUUUUGUCGUCUAUGUGCGCGGAAAUUCACCAACCCCAAGGAUAUACGUUUCCGCCGAGGGGGGAGAAAAAAAAGCAAAGAAAACGAAAAAAUAACGAUGCAAUGAUUUGCGGUCUUGGAUGCUGAGGUGUAUAUCGAAUUUCACACGGCUUGUUACGGCGAAUAAACCGGGUUUGUCGUCGAGGAGAGGAAGAAAAUUUGCAUUGGAUGUGAUUAUUCACUUUCCAUCGACAAGUUCGGCGAAUCGUUUGCAGAACAAGUGCAUCGCACAAAACAUGAGUCAAUUUGCUGCGACAGUGACAGUUGCCAGUCGCGAUUGGAAGCAACUAAAUUUCUGCGGUGUAGGAUUUCGAUGUCGAGUACGAUGCAAUUAAGUGCACACUGGAUGCAAUCCGAUUAUCAAAAAGUGUGCGUUCCUCGCUCAGUGAUCUCCGCGUUUUGAUUUCCAAAAAUAAAAGUGUAUCCACUCCCACGUGCGUGGUUUUUGUGCGAUCUGUUGGUUGACCAUCCCGGUGUGUUAAUUACGACUCCGGGGGGAGUGUAUUUAUUUAAUUUAUAUAUUUAUUUAAAAUAAGAUUUAAUUUAUCAAUUAACCACAACCAUGACCUCGACGACGGCCAGGAUGACGAUGAAGCCGUUCGGGGUGUACUUAUUGGUGAUUACGACCGGACUUAACAUGUUGUUAACUGGUGCUGAUUGCGCCAUGCUGGCCGGACUGGUGGCACCCAUAGAAGUCAUCGAGGAGUGGGGCUGCUACGACACCGAAAUCCGACUAACGUGCGGAAAUCUCGAGUCCAGAGUGGCGAUACUGGAGGCCAAAUUCACACCACACUGCGCCGAGGACCGACCGGAGGAAUGUGUGCACGUCGACGAGAACAGCGUGACGCAUUCCUUUUCCUCGCAACGGGUAGACAAGCUGACCCUGGAGGAGAAGGAAGCCGGCCAACGGUUCCUGCAAACGUUGCGGCGCAAUCAUCGCGAGCACGAGAAAUCCCCCGGCGAGAUGGUACCGUUGAUGGGGGCGGUUCACUCGGCCAACGGGUCUACGUCAGUGCCGGUAAGUGCUCGCACGGUGAAAGACAAACGAAGCUCACUGCGGGCCACUUUGGAGCAUCUGAUUGUGCGGUAUCUACGACGGAUCACCAGCAGCGGCGAGGACGAGGAAGAUGAAGAAACCGGGGGGUAUGAGGUGUCAUCGGUGCGCUACCGUCGACAGGUGGUAUCGUCUACGGGUGACCUCAACGGAACUGGGACUACCGUUGAGUUUGGCGGCGGUGACAAUUCAACGGAAGUGGUUGGGAACGAGGGACCAGAAAGUUCGGUGGAGAUUACAUUGCUCACCAAUGACAGCGAUAUCAGUGGAAAUGGCAGUGCUAUGGUGGGUAGUGAUUCAAGUGAGAUUACGGAAGCCAGUGGGUUACCGGGUGGGAGCAGUGCUGUAGUGGUGGAAAGUGCCAACGGGGGGUCAUUCAGCACCGCGAUGCCGAUUGUUGAUGAGAAGAGUUCUAAAUUAGUGGAUGACGGCGGUGAACGACCGGUUGGGAAAGGGUCACGCAAGCACAAAGCCAAGAAAAAAGAAUGUACCAGCAUUCGCAAGCGGAUUGCUCAGCUGGAUCGAUUCGAGAUGGAGAAAUCGAUGCGGAACGAUUCAUUCCGGGAGUACAACAUUCGGAGCGCGCUCAACUACAGGUGUUCCGGCAAAAACCAUUGUAGCUUUGUGUUCGCCCAGGACCACCCGUUUGCCGUGGUGUGGAAGGAAGGUACCGUCAGGGUGAAGUACAUCUGUAUGGACGAUUUCCGCAUCAGCAAGUACUGCGAUGAGCACUUAAUUAUCGGCAACGAGGACCAAUGGGAGCGGCGGACCACCGGUGAAAGGGACGUUUCCGGCGACGCCUCAUCCAGCAGCGAAGGCAACGCUAACGAGUCCCCGGCGCAACAGCACCAGCAUCACGACGCCGGUGGUGGGGGUGGGGAGGUCACAUCUGAUGGCACCACCACCACGCCCGGUAGAAAUUAUUACAAUGACAACUCUAACGAUCCUGUUGGCUUCGCUGGAGACCGGCGUCGACAGCGGAACUUCUACGACUACGACGAGGACAGCGAUGAUGGCUAUGGUGGCUACGGAGACGACGACGACCCGGACGAAGACUACGGCGAACCGAGGGCGGAAGCCUUGCAGCAAUUGCCAAUGGUUCAACAGAUGCACUCGUUUCAUAAUUUGAAAAUUCUGAAAACUUUCCCCAGCGAGUCGGUGCCAAUUAAUGAGACGGAACAGCAGCGAAAGCUGGACGCGGAAGCGACCUACCGAAAGCGGCAGAAGGUUUUCUCGCAGGACUUUCGAGUGCUGAAAAUCCUGCCUAGCAACCUGGACGAAAUCGAGGACAUCAAGCAGGUCGGCAACGAGUAUUUCUUCAAGAAGGACGUUGAAGUGACAGUUGACGACGCCGAGAACGAAAUUGUUCCGGACGUCGAAGGGGACAAUCAACUUCCGUCCUCCACCAACGAAGCCAACAAUCAGUUCACGGAAACGUUGGACAUUGUCGUGCUUCCACCGCCCACUAAAGAUGCGGAUGUGUACGAGAGUGUACUCGAUGGAGCAGCCUCUACGGCAUCAAGUGGUACGACCAUCAACUCGGUGGAGCUUGCGACUCCCACAAUCGGAUCGCGAGUUCUAACCAAUGUCAGUCAAACACAAGACGUACCAGAUCAACAAGUUCCACAUACCACGCUUGGAUCUUCAACGAUAGACGGAACGUUGGAGAGUUAUCCGAACGUGGAAUCGAAUGAAGUCGAAGAGGAAGGCGCACGGGUGAACAAAACCAGCAGCGCAGAGGAUGGAUUUAGUUUCAACAAUAGAACAUUCCGAAAAAUGCAGGAAGCGAUCCUGGAGGGUAUACAUGAGGGACCGAACGGCGACGGCGGUCCCUACCCGACGAGCUACGAUGAUGAUGACGAGGAUGAUUUCGAAGACGAAGAUGAUGACAGUGACGAUUUCGAUGGAAGCGACCGGAGAGGUCAUAAAAAGUAUAUCAGUAUUCAGCGGACGCUUCUGAAGCAUCCCCUGCGCCAGGGCUUCCUGAUGACGCCCGGCUAUCCCAAGUACUACAUCGGCGACAGUGUCUGCCGGUGGACGCUGUACGCUCAGCGACACCAGAAGAUUAAGUUAACUAUCCUAGAUUUAGCGCUGCGGUACGAUGAACCGUGUAGAGAUUAUAUCGAGAUCAGAGAUCUCGAUACGAAUCAGACCCUGUUUAGCAGUUGUUCGGAGAGUACGCGACCCGUGGUGGUGGUCAGCAUACGAGAAAAGGUCGAGGUUAAAGUGAGAACCACCACUAAAGUGGCCUACCCGAAACGGGGCGUGCUGAUACAUUAUUCAGCACUCGGGUGCGAGUUGCCGUCGCCGAUUCCGCCGCACAUGACGCUGGUCCGUCGAAGCGAGUCCCGAGCGAAAUACGUCUGUGAUCCCCUGUAUGUGUUUCCCGACACAGCUGAGCCCAGUCGUGAACUAGUCUGCACCGCUAAGCACACGUGGAACCGACCGUUGCCGGCCUGUGUAGAAAAACGCGCCACCGAAGGAAGUGGUCUAGUGUCCCAUUACGAGCAGAAGCGCAAAAUAAGUGAUUCGGAAACCAUGUCUGACAAAAAGGCAGACACCGUGUACGACAUCCUGAUUCCGUCGAUGGUAAUCGCUGCCCUAUUUAUUGUUAAUGGCAUCGUAUUCGCGGUCAUUAUGCGCUACAGGAACAAAAGAAAACAACGCCUUGAACUAGACAGUAAGGAACUAGCAGAACUGUAAAGAGCCCCUCGUCACUUCCUCAAGCAAGCAAGGAACAACAGCUGAAAAAUCCAAUGCAUGAAAAAUACUCAAAACAAUGAUAAUGCAUGUACAAGAACAAUGGAAAGAGUCAUUAGGAAUGGAGAAGAAUGAAAGCAAACCAUCUUCACCGUUCGCCGUCGUCGUCGCCUUCAUCAUCAUCAUCGCCAUGAUUGCACAUCCAUAGAUACCUUUAUUUUCGCCGGAAGUCAGAGAAAUUCUUCGACGUCAUGUCAUCCGCCACAUUGUCGUCCCUAUUGGAAGCGGCCGAGUACAGAGUCAUAUUUCUUUUCUGUGUCUCCAUGUAUGUUUGUCAACAUCAAUCUCCACCACCCCUGCAAACAUCAACACGUGUGUAUUUGUCACACCCCUAACGAACAACAAAAGGUGUGCACACCCCUGGGACGUCCCAUCAAGGGCAAGGUCGUCAUCAUCAUCUGCCGCAGAACCAGUAGAAGCACCAUAUCAUCAACUCAUCUUCAUUAUCAUGGCCACUGGAGCAUUGCUGUCAUCCUAGAUGUACACGCGAAUGCGACAUGCCAAAAGGAAACCGAACAUUAUCAUCGCCACACGGUAGAAUAAAAAACGGAAAAGGUAAGUCUAACCCACGGUUCAAUUAUUGGAAAACGGAUUCAAAACGCACUCAGUUUACGAGUCAGAGCCAGAUAUUUUGUCGAUCUAAGGAACAAAAACCGAUUGGAUGUAGUUCAAUAGCUUAUAGAUUUGAGCAAUCUAAGAUUAGAUAAAGUUUGAAGAUUACGCAUUACUGGGAUCACUGGCAAUUGCAGAGCAUAGGAAGAGAAAAUUGCUUUAGAUAAAUUUGAAACCAGAAUUGGUGAACCUCUGAAAAGGAGGUUUAAUAUUUUUGGUUAUUUGGCAGUUGCCAAACACUUUGCUUGUCUCUUAUAUUUUGACACAGUUGCCAGUAUUCUUGGUAUGAGAUCCUCAACGUUCACACCCACACGUACACGGUAACUAUUUUUGCACGCUGAAAAAUUAUUAUAUACAAAAUCUCUUAUAUCGCAUUUAAAAUAAAAACAAUGGUUAUCGUAAAAGAAACAAAAGAUAAAACGAAACAAAAAUAUUUAUAUUAUGCAAAAGUGCUAAGGAAUUUUGAUAUCUUAUUUCUCCGAUGUUUUAGUCUCGAAAAUAUUUUCUUGCAUUUUCGCUUGGAUAACAAAAUCAAUCUAAAAUAUAAGUGCGCCGCAAAAAAAUAUCGCUCCGGGUAAUGUAAUAUUUUCUAAAAUUUUACAGUUAAUAAGCAAAAUGAACGAACACUGCUUAAAUUCAGCAGUAAAAUAGUUGUCAUUAGAGUAUCGAAUUGGAUAUAUUUUUCGAGUUUGUUUCCUAAUCUACCAAUACAAAGAAAUUUUCACCACCAUCAAUUUCAAACAAAGAAGGUAGGGUCGCGUUUUAAGGAGAAUAUAAUAUUCAGCCUGAAUACACGCAUACAUACACACAAACCACACAACCACAAGCCAAAGAUUAGAUGUUAAAGCGCGAACCUAGAAUGCAGUUCUCAGUCGACUACUUUGACGAGAGUUGAUAAAUAUUGGUAAGAUAAACGAAAAUCAACAUGUGCUUUAACGAAACAAAGAAAAAAAUUAACCGCUCUUUAAACAAACAAAGAUAAAGUCGCUGUAGUAAAUCUGUAAAAAACAACCUGUGGAACUGAUAAAAACUGAUGGAAUUUGAGUUUCCUGUGCGGGAUAGAUGAUGCUUGGCCGUAGUGAAUUGUGAUCGAAACAGUUACGCAGACAAACACACAUACUGACAAACAACCCAAACGAUGAGAGUGAAGAGAGAAGUCAGUACGCAAUGAGAUGAGUUAUUGUGGUAAUCUUUUGGUUUUUCUAGUUGAAGAGAUGGGCGCUCUCGCGUACAAAAAUCAAAGCAAACCAGACAAAGUUUUUCCAAACUAAUCAAUUCUUACGUGUUUUGUAAUUUUCACGCCUCAAACGUAGAAAAAAAAGGAAAUCAGUACAGGAUUUUCUGAUCACUUUAUUGUUUUUGCGACUUUCCAUAAGGAAGAAGAAAAAUUGUCAACGGAAGUCGUUUAUUUUUUUUUUUGAACUCUGUUAUUUUCUUAAUUUUUUAAGGAAAUAUUUAUUUGCCUAAUUAAACAUUGUACUUCCAUGCUGAAUAAUAAAAUGAUACAAAUGAAA